AUAAUUAAACUAAAACAUUUUGUGAGUACAUACAAGUAGUUUUAACAAGCAAAGAAAAAGUUUCAAUUCUAAUCUUUGGUUCACAUAAAGUUGGGAAGCUAUCCAGUUUUUCUGCGUGUAUCUUUCGUCGCGGACUGUUGCACUCGCUCUAUCAGAGGCACCAUCUUUUCUCACUCGCAUUUGUUGAAUCACUUACUUAAGCUUCCACGUUUUCUUUCCUUAUCCUUUGCGAAUCAGUUAUCGUUAUUCAAUCAAUCGUUGAGCAUCUGCCGCCGCGAACUCCCAAACUCGAAUUCCGCGGAGCGUUAAAGUCGCGCCUCCGUCUUACGCCUUGGUGUUCGGACUAAAUGAAUAUCAUAUCUUGAUUGCCGGAGCGUGGGGCAUGUAAUUCCCCGACUUCGUAGAGCUUACAAAGUGUGCUCCGAGUUUCGGAGCGGCGCUCAGACGAGUUGCAACCGCUCGGGCGACAGCAUGUGGUUGGUGCGGACCUUGUACUUGCUGGGUGUAAUGGCCCUGUUUCCGCUUUUGGGUUACUUCGGGGAAAGUGUCGAUCAUCUGAGCUACGGCGACUUUUACGGCAACGCCAGCGCCAGAAUGCUUCGAUUCCGCGACUUCGAACCUCGUCACCAAAGUGAGCGAAUGGAUCGGGAACUUGCAAUCGAAGGAGAUCAGAAUUCCGAGCUGGAACGCGAGGGUCGUGGCUUCCAUUUCCAUGCCAGCGGAGAGGAUGUCAGUGUGGAGCUGGAGUUCAUCGUGCCCUUCAUCAAGGUUCCAGUGAAGAGGAGCAUGAACCUGGCCCGCGACGCCGUCCAAAGUAUCCUCAACUUGAGAACCGGAGCUCUGAUCAACACGGCAGUCGUAGUGGCCGCUGGAGCAGUGAUUGCAGCAGUGGUACGACUACUCAUAGCUCCACUCGUUAUCACUUCUAUUGGGAACGGAUAUGGCUAUAAGUCCGAGACAGGCAGAGACAUGCGUCGCCUGACUGAUGUGGUGGAGUCCCAACUGGAGGAGCACAACAUCGACAUGUCUGUCUGUGUGCAACGGAUGAUCUGCCAGUAUCUGCAGAGGAACAUAUCUUCUGGCUAUGCCAGGGUUCUGAAUGUUCUGACCAGCUCUUCCUGGCUUCACUCUUUUGUCGAUGGAACUGCAGUUUUCCAUGCCAUCCAAACCGCAAGGAGCAGUCGCAAUUGCGUUCACACUUAUCGCAGCUGUAGGUGGCCCAGUCACUUAAACUGGAAACCGGGAGGCUUAUCACAAAUAUUUAAGUUUUUUAAUGGAUAGUCUGUUAGCAUUGUUUCAACAUAAAAUAGCUUACAGUUGCUAGUUUAUUUGUUCUUAGUUCUAGAAUAGAAAGUAAUGUUCUUGAGAUUAAAACUGAGAAAUAUAUUUAUAAUAUUA